CUUUUGUCACUGUAGAGACCGGCUGGAAAGUGCAUGUCACGAGACUUCUAUCUGGCGACUAUAAGCACAACACUUUUAUUAUUAUUAUUAUUAUUAUUAUUAUUAUUAUUAUUAUUAUUAUUAUUAUUUUUUUUUUAUUAUUGUUAUUUUCUAACCGUUUAUUUUGGAUGAGACAACUUCUAAUGUACCACCGUACACAAGCUGGCUUGGAUUUCUUUGAAUGAAGCACACUGCUUGAUACAUUUUGAAAAGAAAAUCCCUUUUUUUUUUUAUUAACCUGGCUGCGUAGGAAAUAAUAAUUAUACACCAGAACAGAUGACCUCCGUUUACACAGACAAGGACCCUAACACCGUAGGGAUUAGCGGGGAGCUGAACCAAGGGAGCUGUCCAGAUGAGGAGUUAGAUUUCUCAAUUCUCUUUGAAUAUCCCCUCUGCAAUGAUUAUCAGACUUCUGAGCAAGAAGAACUAGAUAUAGCUCACAAAGUCCUCAACCCAUCUGGAGUCCCAUACGGACAUGGGGAGGUGUCCCAUUAUGGCCCCAAAUCAUGCAACUCGUCCACCUAUGCAGAGCCUCCAGAUGGCAUCGGUGGAUAUGAACAUUUGGGAGACAGAUACUACCUGGACCCCGCCAGACAAGCAGGUCCCUCUGCCAUGAGCCCACGAAUCGAGAUCACCCCUUCUCACGAACUGAUUCACUCGUACGGCAGAGAGCUUAAUCUGGGGCACUCCAUGAAUCCAGCUAACACCAGCCCCCGGUCGACACUGCCGGUGCCUGGCUACGAGAGCGCCUAUCGGGAACCAACUUGCCUCAGUCCAGCUAGCAGCAACUCCUCCACUAGCUGGCAUUCCGAAACCUAUUCUCCCUGGGCUUCACCCUGCGUGUCUCCUAACAAUGGCCAAGCGGAUGACUUGUGCCCACGGUUCCAGCACAUCCAGACCCUCACAUCCCCCAGGACCUCCCCCGGCACUUCCCCUAGGACGAGUGUCACAGAGGAGAGCUGCUUGGGUUUUAGCUCCUCUUCCCCAUGCCCCAACUCCCGGUCCACGUCUCCAGUGGGGAAAAGGACCUACGAUGAACACACCAAUCAGAACACGCCGGUCGCCAAACACCGUUCACGAAGCCCUUCUCCCCAGAGGUUCAGAGAUAACAGCACCCCCAAUGCUUUCAACCUUCAUCAGUCUCCCUACUCGUCUAGCCUCGCUGACGCCAUGAAUAGCCUCAACACCGGAUCUUCCUGCAGCGUCCCGUCCAAGAUUGUCAAAACCAACACAUCGUAUCCACUCUACACAUCUGUGGAGCUACACCAGGAGAACUACCUGGGUUCUGGCGAGCAGGAUGUGAAGAAGAAACCUGGAUCGGAGCAAGUCUUUCUCGUGCCUCCAAACUGGAGUAAACAGCUGGUGCCUGGGAUACCAUUGUACAGUAUACCAGUUGCCUCUCUUCCUUCCCUUGAGUGGCCUGUGCCAAGCAAAGUGGACCAGUACCAUCUUCAAAUUGAGGUUCAGCCCAAACCUCACCAUCGAGCUCACUACGAAACCGAAGGAAGUCGAGGGGCAGUGAAAGCUUCCACAGGAGGGCAUCCCAUCAUACAGCUCCAUGGCUACAGGGGGAAGGAGCCUCUGAGCCUGCACAUCUUCAUCGGCACGGCAGACGAGCGAAUCCUCAAACCCCAUGCUUUCUACCAGGUCCACCGCAUCACCGGCAAAACUGUCACCACCACCAGUUACGAGAAAGUCAUUGGGAGCUCAAAGGUCCUGGAAAUCCCACUGGAGCCCAAAAACAACAUGAAAGCCAUUAUUGACUGUGCUGGAAUCCUGAAGCUAAGGAAUGCUGACAUUGAGCUCAGGAAAGGGGAGACUGACAUUGGGAGGAAGAACACCAGAGUGCGGAUGGUAUUCCGGGUUCAUAUACCACAACCAGGAGGUGGGGUGGUGUCACUGCAGGUUGCAUCCACUCCUAUUGAGUGCUCUCAGAGAUCAGCCCACGAGUUGCCAAUGGUGGAGAAGCAGGAUGUGGAAGGCUGCUCCGUGCUGGGAGGCCAGCAGAUGAUCCUGACCGGACAGAACUUCACUUCCGACUCCAAGGUGGUGUUCACAGAGAAGACACAUGAUGGGCAGCAGAUUUGGGAAUCAGAGGCCAGUGUGGACAAAGAUAAGAGUCAGGCUAACAUGCUGUUUGUGGAAGUUCCUCCAUAUCGUGACCUGUCAAUGCGCCAUGCAGUCAAAGUGAACUUCUACGUGAUCAAUGGAAAGAGAAAACGAAGCCAGCCUCAGCACUUCACCUUCAUGCCACUGCCAGGUCCAGCCAUUAAAACAGAACCUAUUGACGAGUAUGAACCCAACCUGAUGACAGCUAAAAUGUCCCACAGUCUGGGAACACUGCCGCAGCCCUAUUACCACCCCCAGGGAAUGAUGACUCCAGACAGCUGCCUGAUAGCUAGCAUGGCUUCAUGUCAGCAGCUCCGCUCGGGGCUGUCUCCCCCAGAUUCCAGUUACCAGCAGCAGACCUCAGCAGUCAUCUAUUCCCGGAGCAAAAGCCUGAGCACCAGCCCACUGCUCUACCAGCAGGGUAGCCUGAUGGCUUCCCCGGUCCCUCCGAUGGCAGACGGCCAGCGCUCAGUGUUGGUCCACGCCAGCUCUCCAGUGCAGUCCACCAUAAUCCACCAGCAGCAGUCAUCCUCACCCAACCAUCACCCCACCUCGUCCAUCAUCCAGUUCUCCCCCACCAAUCACCAACUGAGGGGAGGGGUCCUGCAGGAGCACCAACGCAUCAUAUAUUGUGAAAACUACCAGACAUCUCCCGCUUGCUCUCCAGCUCCGCCGGCCAGCCAGGCUCAGAGGAUGAGCCCCAGUCACUACCCAACGGUGAUUCAGCAGCAGCCCUAUGUUCAGAAGAUGCUAAAAAACAGGUCUUCUCCCAGCCAACUAGAAGAACAGAGGUCUUCUGACAAUCCAAAGGAUAGGUCUGGGGCUUCGAGAGUCACCGUCAAAGAGGAGAACUUGGACCAGUUGUAUCUGGAUGAUGUCAACGAAAUCAUAAGGAAGGAUUUGACUGCAGUCCAGGGCAGGGGCCAAACCUAGGCCCUGGAUCUGUGAAGAAAUUCUUCUCAAAGUACUUUUCCACCCCUCGCCCAGGACACUCCCUGCACCAAGGCAGCGCCCCAUCUUCCCCCUGCCGCCACGCUUUGGACUCACAACAAUGCAUUGGCAAGAAUCUCCGGGCUGUUGACCUCUUUCCUGCAGUUAUCAUGUAGUGAUGUUCCUUACAGCAUUCCCAGUGCAGGGCCUGAGCACUUCACUGUUAGGAAGAACUGUCCUCUGUACAGCAGGAAAUUUGUCACACCUUUGUGUACAUAUACAUGAUGGAUAAAGACCAAAAUCUCUACAGGAUAGGUUAUAGUAACAGAUUGUGUUAACUAAAAUAUAUUUUCAUAGAUUCAUGGAUAUCAAACUGUAUUUAUUUCAACAGACAUUAAAUAGCUGUUUAUUCAUUAGCCUGGUAGGUAUAUAUAUAGGGUGCUGCAUAUCCACUUUGCUAAGAGUGGGCUUACUGGCUGCUCGGACCUUGAGCAGAUGAAAAUCAGCAUGUAUCUUCAACGGCACACUGUAAUAUAUAAAGGUGAAUAAGAAUAAUUAUACAGUAUCGCUAAUUUUAACAUGAUAUCAUUUCCCUCCGUUUGAUACAAAGCAACAUGGCUAUAUCACAUUGGUAUCGAGGCCUAGUAGAUUUUAUUAAUACAUUUUUCUAGUAGACUUUUUUUGCCUUGAAAUUUCAUAUCAGCUAUAAUAUGAUUUUGUAUUGAAUUUAUGUGACAUUCAUCCAGGUAAAGAGUGCCUCUUUCAAUGCAGUAGACCUGUAUAGUAGUCUAGGAAAAACAAUGUCACCCAAAACUGAUAUCAGACUUUGAAAGCUAAUGCAUUGAAAGCCUUUAGGUACAUAUUUAACCUUUAACCCAAAAAAAAAUUCAUUCUAUAUGACCGGUUAUUGUUAAGUGUCACCUGUAUGAGCAAGUGUGCACUGCUCCUUGAAUUAAUGUUCCAAAAAGAAUCUGAAUUACAGUUGAAAACAAACUGCAUUUAAAUUACAUUUAUUAUGAAAUCUGCUAAAUACAGACAUUUUCAUCAUUGGUCUUUGUCCAUCACCUGUACUGGUACACAAAAGCUUUUUGCCAAUUGAAGCUGUUAUUGUUUUUCCAUUUAAUGCUGCCUUGUUUUCGAUCAUUUACACAAUGAUGUCAGUCCCUUUGUGUUUAAGCUACUUGUGAUUAAGAGCCAGGAUAAUGACCCACAGUCUGCCACCAUGACUUCCAGCCAGUGGUGUCAGGCCUCAACCCAAAAGGGUACUUUUCAAAGACAGCUGGGCCCGGGCCCGGGCCUGGUGUCUGAAGUCAUCCAGGCUAAGCUUCCCAUUGUCUUGUCUCUUGAAUUCACCUUUAGAGUUAACCCUGUGGGGACCGAGUAACAUGCUUAACAGUUGCUGAAGAAAUGCUGGUGGUUUUCAGUGGUUAGAAUGAAUAACAAGAGGACUCCUGUUUGGUUUGUUUAGGAGACGUGCAACCACUGUAUUCAAAAAGCUUUAGGUUUGUUAGCUGAAGCAGACUAUUAUGUAAAUAAAACAGAAAGCAAAUGUUAUGAUAAUGCGAAAAAUGACUUGCA